CUGCACGUGUUGAGCUCAGCACUGAAGCCCGUCCCAUCCUCUGCAUAUCCAUGCUGCAGGAGGAGGAGGAGGCAAGGAGCCCUUUUGUUACCUGUAUUAGACUACCUGGCGGUUGCAAGUUAGUAACGUGGUCUGUGUUUAAGAUGUCUUCAAAAUAUAGAAGCAGCGAUGUUCCAAAGCUUUAAACACCACGAAAUCCGCGUUUUUUUCCUUUUCUUUUGGGACACUGCAGUAUGCGCAACUAUUCCCCCCUCCCUCGCUCUCUUUCUACCUGCAAGGCACAGCAAGUAGGAAUUGUUAAUUAGGUUUUACCGUCAAAGUAAGGACGAAUAGGAGGCACUUCCUCCAAGAACUCAUUCACCUUUCAAGUCCGAACCUCUCUCGAGUUUCAUUUUGGAGUUCUUAGCCACCUUUCAGGUCGUCAUCAGCAUCUCACCUGUACUCGCGGACCAUGGAUUUCGCACGGUCGAUUAUUUCCAAGGAGCUUAUGCUAGAUGUCGCGGGAAACAGACGGUACACGUGCAUCUGGAAGGGCUAAGAAACCUGCCAAUGUGAACGGAAAGCGUGGCCACUUUAUGUUAUAGUGCAUGGCCUCCGGACAAAGUGGCAACGAUCAUGCACGAAACCCUCCGAAGACGGAGUCUCUACGUGUUCCUGUGUUUUGGCAUCAUAUACCUCAGACUUGGGGCCCUGUCCUCAGUGGUGGCUCUGGGUGCCAACAUCAUCUGCAACAAGAUCCCAGGGCUGGCACCUCGCCAGCGGGCCAUCUGCCAGAGCCGCCCGGACGCCAUAAUUGUUGUGGGCGAAGGGGCCCAGAUGGGCAUCAAUGAGUGUCAAUACCAGUUCCGAUAUGGACGCUGGAACUGUUCGGCGCUGGGAGAAAGAACAGUCUUCGGUCAGGAGCUGCGAGUAGGCAGCCGGGAAGCAGCUUUUACCUAUGCCAUCACAGCGGCUGGGGUGGCCCAUGCUAUCACCGCAGCAUGCAGCCAAGGCAACCUCAGUCAGUGUGGAUGUGACAGGGAGAAGCAGGGUUAUUAUAAUCAGGAGGAAGGCUGGAAAUGGGGAGGAUGCUCGGCAGACAUCAAGUACGGCAUAGAGUUCUCUCGCCGCUUCGUGGAUGCCCGCGAGAUUAGAAAGACCCCACGUCGUCUGAUGAACUUGCACAACAAUGAGGCAGGCAGAAAGGUUUUAGAAGAAAGGAUGAAGCUAGAGUGCAAGUGCCACGGCGUCUCGGGAUCCUGUACCACUAAAACAUGUUGGACUACUCUUCCGAAAUUCCGCGAGAUUGGCUACGUACUCAAGGACAAGUACAAUAAAGCUGUGCACGUGGAGGUAGUCCGGGCCAGCCGACUGCGCCAGCCCACCCACCUCAAGGUAAAGCAGACUCAGGGCUACCGUAAGCCCAUGGAGACAGACCUCGUAUACAUUGAGAGGUCGCCCAACUACUGCGAGGAGGACGCAGCCACAGGGAGCGUGGGAACCCAGGGACGCCUGUGCAACCGCACCUCACCACAUACGGACGGCUGCGACCUUAUGUGCUGCGGUCGGGGAUACAAUACACACCAGUACACAAAGGUGUGGCAGUGCAAUUGUAAGUUCCAGUGGUGCUGCUUCGUCAAAUGCAACACAUGCAGUGAGAGGACGGAGGUGUUUACCUGCAAAUAAGGAAAUGAAGAGCUCAGUGCCAGAAAAAGUGACGCGCAAAGGACUAGCUAAAUGAGGAAGAAGCAGGAGAACGAGCAGGAAGGUGUGUCUUCGAGAUUUUGAAGCGAAGAAAUGGAAUUUACACUAUCAGCUCUUCGAGGCAUCGUUUUGCACAGCAGAAUCUAUCUAAUUGCUUUUCCGAAAGUAAAUUCUAAUUAUCAGUAGGUAAUACCCCCAAAACUUUACUGUCACAUUGAGGUUGUGCUUAUGUACUGAUGUAUCCGCAGUGAAGUUGGGACUACGUGUAAAGAAUGAGACCCUCGGUGGGAACUGUGCUUUGCACUCUGGGAUUUGUAAUGGUUCGAUUGCAAUAUAACCAGACUUGCAUGGAGAGGAACUCACAGUAACCUGGGAGUUGAUCGAAGUGACAGCCAUUGUUAAGUCUUUGACGAGAAACUCUUUGUGGGUUUUGUCAUUUUUUCACUAACGGGUGGGGGCACAAGUGAAUCUUGACAUGAAUGAUACCCCUAGCUUGGCUGGGGCUAAUGGUGGAGGUCUGUAGAAAUGAAGAACAUUUUGUAAGUGUGGUGCAUCACGCUGCGCCAAUAUCUGAGUGGAGAACUCUGUUAAAACCCUCUGCUGCCAACUGGAAUAUGGUGGAGUAUGUUAGUUUUCCAGUCACACUGGAACUGUCUGUUCUGAACACUGAAAAUAAAUUGUCUAUUUAUGUUAUAGUAUCUUAAAACAAAACACUAACGGGUAGACAUGUCUUUUUUUUUUGUACUAAGUGUAAAGAAAAAUACUUUUUAGAAACUGACUGGAAAUGUGUGUCUAUUAGAACAUGACCCCCCCCAAAAAAAAAACCCCUACAAAACCUAAUCUUUUCUUUAAAAAAAAGGAAGAAGAAAAGAAAAAAAAGUCAUAGCUACUGGUGUGUCGACAACAGAAGAGAUCUUUACAGCAUGUUUCACAUGUUUCAGACACCUGGGCUCUACUAUGUUGUAGUUUAGCUUGUUUGCAGUCCUUUUUCGCUCCCUGAGCAGUAACAACUAUUUCAAUGGUUGUGCAAUUUCAAAGACAGUAGCAUGAAAACACUGCAGAGAUCCUUCCUAAAUUCAUUAAACAUGAACAUUAAAACUG